GCUGGCGCCGCUGUGCUGUGAGGUGUGUGGGGCGUCGAGCACCCCCCGACCCCACCUCGGCCGGGUGAGGCGCGGCGGGAUGCAGCGGCGGCCGUGGCGGGGCCGCGGGCCGGGCGGACGGACGCGGUGAUGAGCGUCGGCAGCCGCCGCCAUGUCCAAGGUAACGGCGCCCGGGCCCGGGCCGCCGGCCGCGGCGGCGGCGGCGGCGGGCGGGAAGGAGAAGCGCUCCUUCAGCAAGCGGCUGUUCCGGAGCGGCCGCGCGGGCGGCGGCAGCGGCGGCGGUGGCGGCGGCAGCAGCAGCAGCGCGGGGGGCCCCGGGCCGGCCGCGCCCUCCUCGGCGCGCUCGGUGGGCAGCUUCAUGAGCCGCGUCCUCAAGACGCUGUCCACGCUCUCGCACCUUAGCUCCGAGGGCGCCGCCCCGGACCGCGGCGGCCUCCGCAGCUGCUUCCCGCCGGGGCCGGCCGCCGCGCCCACGCCGCCGCCGUCGUGCCCGCCGCCGCCCGCCUCGCCCGCGCCGCCCGCCUGCGCCUCGGAGCCGGUGCCCGGCGUGGCGGGGCUCCGCAACCACGGCAACACGUGCUUCAUGAACGCCACGCUGCAGUGCCUGAGCAACACCGAGCUCUUCGCCGAGUACCUGGCCCUGGGCCAGUACCGGGCGGGCCGGCCGGAGCCCUCGCCCGACCCCGAGCAGCCGGCGGGCCGCGGCGCGCAGGGCCAGGGCGAGGUCACCGAGCAGCUGGCUCACCUGGUGCGGGCCCUCUGGACCUUGGAGUACACGCCGCAGCACAGCCGCGACUUCAAGAGCAUCGUGUCAAAGAACGCGCUGCAGUAUCGGGGGAAUUCCCAGCACGAUGCCCAGGAGUUUCUGCUGUGGCUUUUGGACCGAGUUCACGAAGACCUCAAUCAUGCAGUGAAGCAGAGCGGCCAGCCCCCCGUGAAGCCACCGUCAGAGACUGAUAUGAUGCCCGAGGGACCAUCAUUUCCUGUCUGCAGCACUUUCGUACAAGAACUUUUUCAAGCCCAGUACAGAUCUUCUUUGACAUGUCCUCAUUGUCAGAAACAGAGCAACACUUUUGACCCUUUCCUCUGCAUUUCGUUGCCAAUUCCUCUGCCACAUACCAGGCCUCUCUAUGUCACUGUAGUGUACCAAGGGAAAUGCUCUCACUGCAUGAGGAUCGGCGUGGCUGUGCCUCUGUCUGGGACUGUCGCCAGACUCCGGGAAGCAGUGUCCAUGGAAACAAAGAUCCCCACUGAUCAGAUUGUGUUAACGGAAAUGUACUAUGAUGGGUUCCAUCGUUCCUUCUGUGAUACAGAUGACCUGGAAACAGUCCAUGAAAGCGACUGCAUUUUUGCCUUUGAGACUCCAGAAAUAUUUAGGCCUGAAGGAAUUCUCAGUCAAAGAGGAAUUCACUUAAACAACAAUCUAAACCACUUGAAAUUUGGCUUGGAUCAUCAUAGACUGUCUUCCCCUACACAAACAGCAGCAAAGCAAGGGAAAAUGGAUUUGCCCAGCACAAGAGCAGGAAGCGACAAGAUUGUUCUGCUGGUGUGUAACCGGGCCUGCACUGGGCAGCAGGGGAAAAGAUUUGGACUGCCUUUCGUGCUGCACCUGGAGAAGACAGUAGCAUGGGACCUUCUGCAGAAGGAAAUCCUGGAGAAGAUGAAGUAUUUCUUGAGGCCCACAGUUUGCAUUCAGGUGUGUCCGUUCAGUCUGCGUGUGGUCAGCGUCGUGGGAAUAACAUACUUGCUGCCCCAGGAGGAACAGCCCCUGUGCCACCCGACGGUAGAAAGGGCAUUAAAAUCUUGUGGACCAGGUGGUACUGCUCAUGUGAAAUUAGUCGUAGAAUGGGACAAAGAGACAAAAGAUUUCUUGUUUGUGAACACUGAAGACGAGUAUAUCCCCGAUGCAGAAAGUGUCCGUCUGCAAAAGGAGCGUCAUCAUCAGCCUCAGACCUGCACUUUAUCCCAGUGUUUCCAACUCUACACCAAAGAGGAGCGGCUUGCCCCAGAUGACGCCUGGCGGUGCCCACACUGCAAGCAGCUGCAGCAGGGGAGCAUCACGUUGAGCCUGUGGACCCUGCCCGACGUGCUCAUUAUACACCUCAAGAGGUUUCGGCAGGAAGGAGACAGACGUAUGAAACUGCAGAACAUGGUCAAGUUCCCUUUGACUGGCCUGGACAUGACACCUCAUGUGGUUAAGAGAAGCCAGAGCAGCUGGAGUUUGCCAUCCCACUGGUCCCCGUGGAGACGGCCCUAUGGACUCGGGAGGGACCCUGAGGACUACAUCUAUGACCUGUAUGCUGUGUGCAAUCAUCAUGGCACCAUGCAAGGGGGGCACUACACAGCGUACUGUAAAAACUCCGUGGACGGCCUCUGGUACUGCUUCGACGACAGCGACGUGCAGCAGCUGUCGGAAGACGAGGUCUGCACGCAGACAGCCUACAUCCUUUUCUACCAGAGGCGGACAGCGAUCCCGUCGUGGUCGGCCAACAGCUCGGUGGCAGGCUCCACAAGUUCUUCUCUGUGUGAACACUGGGUGAGCCGACUCCCGGGGAGCAAGCAAGCCAGCGUGACCUCUGCGGCCUCCUCCAGACGCACUUCCCUGGCCUCGCUCUCCGAGUCUGUAGAGAUGACCGGGGAAAGGAGCGAAGAUGAUGGAGGCUUUUCUACUCGGCCAUUCGUGAGAAGUGUCCAGCGGCAGAGCUUGUCAUCCAGGUCCUCUGUGACCAGCCCCUUGGCCGUCAACGAAAACUGCCUGAGACCUUCUUGGUCGCUGUCUGCCAAGCUGCAGAUGCGCUCCAACUCUCCUUCCCGCUUCUCGGGGGACUCUCCGAUCCACAGCUCGGCCUCCACCUUGGAGAAGAUCGGGGAGGCGGCGGAUGACAAGGUCUCCAUCUCUUGCUUCGGUAGCUUGAGGAACCUGGCUAGCAGUUACCAGGAGCCCAGCGACAGUCCCAGCCGGCGCGAGCACAGGGCUGUGGGCCGAGCCCCUCUGGCAGUCAUGGAAGGUGUGUUCAGAGAUGAGUCAGACACGCGCAGAUCCAGCUCUGGUGUUGCGGAUCCACAGGGCAAAAACUCAGCACAAGGGCAGCGCCUGCCCCCCAUCUCUGAUCCAUUUGAUAACAACAACCAGAUUGCUUACGUGGACCAGAGCGAUUCCGUGGACAGCUCUCCAGUCAAAGAGGCAAAAGCCCCGAGCCAGCCGAGCUCCCUCACAAAGAAACCAGAGAGCACAACCAAGAGAUCCCCUGGCCCCAGAGGCACUUGUGAGCCGGAUAAGAGCUUGCGGAAGGGGAGGCCAGCCUUGGCGAGCCAGGACUCGUCUCUUUCUAGCACGUCCCCUUCUUCUCCUGUUCCCGUCCAGGUGUCUCGAAAGCCCUCCCGUUCCCGGAGCAAAGCCGAGUCUUCUGCCAGGGCCAGUGGAAGGCAUUCGGCCCCCACCCCCGCCCAGCCCAAGAAGGAGUCGUCACCCAAGUCCCAGGACUCUGUGUCCUCUCCCUCUCCGCAGAAGCAGAAGUUGGCUUCUGCCCUCGCUCACACCGCUUCCUCGACAUCGGCCAGAAAAGCUUCCGGCCCCGCAGCCAGAGGCCCCUUCCCCGCCGGGCAGAGCAGGACUCAGGAGCGCAGCCUGAGUCGUGAGGCUUCCAGACAGAGCCUGGGUUCUGACCGAGGCAGCGUCACCUCCACCUCCAAGCCCAGCUCCCCCCGGGUGAGCCAGGCCCGAGCUGGGGAGGGCAGGGGUGACGGCAAGCACGUCCGGAGCUCCUCCAUGGCCAGCCUGCGCUCCCCCAGCACGAGCGCGAGGUCGGCUCUGAAGAGGGACAGCAAGUCCGAGGACAAGGGGCUGUCCUUCUUCAAGUCCGCCUUGAGACAGAAGGAGACCCGGCGCUCCACGGACCUCGGCAAGACAGCCUUGCUCUCCAGAAAAGCCGGCGGGGGCUCCGCCAAGUCGGGCUGUAAGAACAGCGCGGAUGAGAAGGCAGAGCGAGGCCUCCGGCCGCCCGGCUCCCAGCAGCCACAGGCCACACAGGCCACUGUGCUCGGGAAAGAGCCGCUCGUCCCCAAGGACCCCGCCUCCGCUAAACAUUCCCUGCUGUCCGCUCGCAGAUCCAAGUCUUCCCCGCUCGACUCCGGAGCGCCCUCGUCUCCUGGCGGCAGGCAGCCUGCCGAGAAAGCCUCCAGAAAGUCAUCGAGCACCCCUGCACGGCCGUCCCAGAGACCUCAGUGAGGUCGCUGCACACCGAGCGAGCGAGCGAGCGAGCGAGCCAGCGUCUCCUCUGUAAAGAUGUUUAUUUAUUUGGAACCCUGCCCCUCCCACCAAAGCCCGCUCUGCUUUUGUUUUGUAUUUUUCGGGUCACAUGGCUGACUGCGGGUAUGUUUGGGUGGGCGUGGGUGUGUGUGUGUGUGUGUGUGUGUGUGUAGGUGUGUGUGUAUGUGAGAUAGAAUUCAAUUGCAAAUUGUUAAAAGCGUCGCCUUAUUCUGCCAUUGAACCAAAUAACAGCCAUAGGCAAAG